GUUUGUUUUGACUUUUCAUACUCAAGUCGUUUUCGUUUUCAGAUACAAUUUUGUUAUUGUUUAGAUUGAGUUUGUUAGCAUCAAAAAAUGGAAAAAGACCUCGACAGGGUGAUUGAAGAGAUUAUGUCCACGCCGAACGUCAGUGGUUGUUUAGUAGCUGAUCACCAAGGUCUGUGCCUUGCAGCGACGGGCUCCGCGCACGUCGAUGCAGCGGGCGUGAUAGUGGCGAUAUCAGAGCAGGCUUGCAAGAUACAGCCUAAUCUGAAACCGCCCACAGUUUGCCUGGAAACAGACAAAAAGCAGUGUUUGAUUCAGCGACAUGGUACCAUUACAGGAGCUAUUUACAAGCUGAAAGUCUAGUACCUGCACAACCUUGUUUAGCUGACAACAAGACUAAAGCUACAAAUUAUAACUAUCACUUCUCUGAUAGUGAAACUAAAAGAGUAAAAUAUCAAAUCACCUGUAUAUAAAUUUUUCACUAUUAAAUAGAAACUCUUUUGUCAAAGUACGAAGCUUACAGUUUUGUGAGGGUCAGAUCUUAUUCUUUAAAUAUCAUGGCUGCGGUAGCAUAAUGGUCAGUGAAUUCGCCCGCAUAGCGAAGGGUGCUGGUUCGAGUCCCAUCUGCUGCCUGGCCCGCA